AUGACAUCGCAAGUAAGGAAAUGGCCCUCGAGAGAAGGCUUCACGGCGGACGUACUGAGCCGGUGGAUCCAACGCACCGUACUUGACCCACGGAAGGUGGUGCCUCUACUAGCGCUGGCACAUUACACUGUCAAGGGUCGCGAGCUUACCAAGUCGCGCCCUCACCUCCUCAAGGCGCUUAGGUCCCUUGCUGCUUUAGCCGUCAUCCAACGACUCUCAGCCUGGUUAGACCGCCGAGCGAUCAACAAUGGGGUGUCCGACCACUAUGAUUGGAACAAAGAGGUAGUCGUCCUAACUGGCGGGAGUAAUGGCAUCGGUCGGCGAAUCGCCCAGCUCCUAGGCGACCGCGACAUCAAAGUCGCCGUUCUCGACAUCUCGCCUCCAGCCGACGAGCUCCCGAACAGCGUCCGCUUCUACCAAUGCGACAUCACGUCGUCUGAGAAUAUCAGUGAGGUAGCCGCUAAGAUCCGUGCCUCGUUUGGCCGCCCAACAAUCCUCAUCAAUAACGCCGGCCUUCUUACGGCUACGACCAUUCUCGAUGUCUCCCCCGAAAAAAUGCGCCGCAUGUUCGAGGUGAACACAUUUGCACACUACUGGCUGGCCAAGGAAUUUCUUCCAGAUAUCAUCGCUGGUAAUCACGGGAUGGUAGUUACGGUGGCUUCGCAAGCAGGGUACGCCGUCGCUCCAAAUAUGAUUGACUACUCUGCUACCAAGGCGGCUGCUAUUGCUUUCCAUGAGGGCUUGGCGGCGGAGCUGGUCACUCGAUACCAUGCCCCCCGUGUGCGUACCGUGCUUGUUACGCAAAGUUUCACGCGUACCACGCUUAUUGAUACAUUGACUCCCGAGGAUACCUUUAUUAACCCGCUUCUGCAUCCCGAGACUGUAGCUGAGGGAUUAGUGAACCAGGUAUUGAAGGGUGAGAGCGGACAUGUACUUUUGCCCGGUUCAGCCGGAUUUAUUUCUCAGAGGCUUCGGGGUUAUCCGCUAUGGUUCCAGCAUAGCUUGCGGUGCAGGCUGGAGCGGUUGAUUCGAACUGAUUAA